GCACUGCUGCCCCCCGCCGGACAAGGCGGACUGCAGCCCCGCGGGCCCCGCGCAGCAUGGGGAGGCGCUGCUGGCGGCGGCGCGCGCUGGCCGCCGCGUGUCUGGGGGCUGCGCUCCUACUCCUGGGCGCCGCGCCCCGCGCCCUGCGCCCGGCAUUUGAAAACAGCCUGGGCUCUGGCUGGCUCAGUGGGAAGAGGAGGAGUCCCCUGAAGAUGCUUUAUGACUUGGACCAGGGCCCGCACUCAGCCCUGGCCGAGGUGCACCGGCAGCGGCGCGACCUGCUGCGCCGAGCCUGCAGCCGCCACACACGCCGGCAGCGCCUGCUGGGGCCCGAGGACCUGCGGCACGUGCUGGUGGACGACGCGCACGGCCUGCUCUACUGCUACGUGCCCAAGGUGGCCUGCACCAACUGGAAGCGCGUGCUGCUGGCGCUGAGCGGCCGCGCCCGCGGCGACCCGCGCGCCAUCCCCGCACACGAGGCGCACGCGCCGGGCCGCCUGCCCUCGCUGGCCGACUUCAGCCCGGCCGAGAUCAACCGCCGGCUGCGCGCCUACCUGGCCUUCCUCUUCGUGCGCGAGCCCUUCGAGCGCCUGGCGUCGGCCUACCGCAACAAGUUCGCGCGGCCCUACAGCGCGGCCUUCCAGCGGCGCUACGGCACGCGCAUCGUGCGGCGCCUGCGGCCGCGCCCGCACCCCGACGCGCUGGCCCGCGGCCACGACGUGCGCUUCGCCGAGUUCCUGGCCUACCUGCUGGACCCGCGCACGCGCCGCGAGGAGCCCUUCAACGAGCACUGGGAGCGCGCGCACGCCCUCUGCCACCCGUGCCGCCUGCGCUACGACGUGGUGGGCAAGUUCGAGACGCUGGCGGAGGACGCGGCCUUCGUGCUGGGCCUGGUGGGCGCGCCCGGCCUGCGCUUCCCUGCGCCCCCGCCCCGGGCCAAGGCGGCCGCCGCCCGCGACCUGGCCGAGCACCUCUUCCGGGACAUCAGCCCCUUCUACCAGCGGCGCCUCUUCGACCUCUACAGGAUGGACUUCCUGCUCUUCAACUACUCUGCCCCUUCCUACCUGCGGCUGCACUAGGCAGCGGGGCCCGUCACAUCGGCUGGACGGUGUGCAUUUCUGGUGCCGCCCCUCCAGGCCCCCCGCACCCCGAUGCUGGUGCUGCCUGCCCGGGACUCCACUCUGAGCACCACUGCCCCGGCCCUUCCCUGCUUGGCCAGCCCGCCCGGGCCUCCAUCCCACCCAGCCAGGUUUGGGUGCAGCCCACCUCAGGCGGCUGGACACCCGUGUGCCUGCCUGUCACCUGAUGCUUGCUUCCUCUGAGUGUGCCAGCUGGCAGGCACUUCUCCAGACCGAUGGGUGGGGAAGCAUUGAAUUACUAGUAUUUUUUAGUUUGUGAGAGGCCAUUUUGACCCCAAACCAGAGCAGAAUGCCGGUUCGGUGCAGUCUGUGGCCUCUCCUAGCGGCCUCUUCGCCGCCUCGGCCCUGGUGUUGACAGCCGUGGUCCAGGAGGAAAGCCCUCCGUCAUCGGGCUCAGGCUAAGGCCUUCCUUGUCAGUGGGCAUGGCAUGGAGCCCACUCUGAGUUGCCUUCCACUCUGCCUGUCACUGAGCCGUGUUGCCUCUCCCCGUGGCUGGCCCCACCUUUGAUCUCGGUCUGGCCAGAUCCUAAGUCUUCCGUGUGUGCCCACAGAGCCCAGAGUGCAAUAUGGUGGCAGGUUUUAUAGGACCAUCGUGAGCCGGGGAGCUUAUGUUUUUGAAAUAAAUGUUUUUUACUUCUGACA